AUGCCUUCCAAGACCGACGACAAAUACACGGAUCCGCAACUGCGUGAUGAAGUCAAGGAGGAGAUCCAGGCUGGUGAUAAGGGAGGCGAGCCCGGCCAAUGGUCAGCCAGAAAGGCACAGAUGAUGGCAUCCGAAUAUAAGAAACGCGGUGGAGGAUAUACCACGGACAAGAAAGACGAGCAAGCGAAGCAUCUGGAUGAGUGGACGGAAGAAGAGUGGCAGACAAAGGAUGGAAGCGGAAGCGCCAAAGACAAGAACGGCUUGGAACACCGCUACCUGCCGAAGAAGGCAUGGGAGGAGAUGAGCGACAAGGAGAAGGAGGAGACAGAUGCCAAGAAGCAGGAGGGAAGCAAAGAGGGCAAGCAACAUGUCGCCAACACCUCAAAAGCUGCACAGGCGAAGAAAGACGCUACCAACGACGGUGAGAAGAAGGGCUUUACCAAGAUCGAGAAGAAGAGCAAGACGGACUGCACCACACAAUGGGACGACCCGGACCACAUGGAGGAGGAUCAACGUGCAUACCAGAAGUUCUUGGAAAGCAGCCGGAAAUCCAAGAGCCCCCCGCAGGACGAUCAUCCAGGUCAAAAGCGAGGACGUGGCGCAAACAUAGAGGCUCCCAGUGCCAGCAAGAGACAGAAGAGUACAGCGAACAAGCACGAUAAGCCUAUUGGAGCUGCCGGCGACAUAACCCGUGUGCCGAAGAAGGGCCAGAAAGUUCAAUGGCAUUCGCUCCCUGGCUAUGUUGAUGGCGAGGUCGUGGAGGUUCUGUAUGAAGAAAAGCAAAUCGACGGCAAGAAGGUCAAGGCAAGUAAAGAGGACCCCAGGGUGGUGUUGAAGAGCGACGCAUCGGGGAAGAUUUGUGUACACAAGCCCGACGCAGUGUACUUCGAUUAG